GGACUAUAGGUGCGUGCUACUGUACCCAGCUCCCACGGUCCAGUUUUGGGCCACCUCCUCCAUUUCAGGCCUGAAGUUUCUGUUUUCAGAGCAGGAAGGCACCAGCCCUGUCACAGGCUUGAGGGGUGGUAGAUGCAGUCCCUGAACAGGAACCAGAACAAUGCUGCUGGUCUCACCUGUCCCCUAACACCUGCUGCUAGGAAAGGGCUCUAGGUAAGGAGACCGGCCACACAGGUGGAUCCCCAAGGUGGCCAGCUUGCCUGUGGGUGCACAUUUUGUGGGGAGCUUCCGCUUACCCUCACUGGAGCAGGGCACUGUGCACUCAGGCCUUGCCAUGUGUGCAGGGCUCCUGCUUUUAAUGGCCCUGUCCUAGGUACCUGGUUCAGAGAGGAGUGGAAAAGUACAGGACAGUAUUGGAGAAAGCAGAGGCAAAGCAGAAACACUCGUGCCCUGCGGGUGGAGCAUGGGGGGCCAAAGGGGGGAAGUACCAUGGGGUUCCCCAGGGUAUCGGAGUGCACAGGUGGUGCCCCCCAGGUAAUGCCAGUUGCCCAGCCCUUCCUCCCAUGGAGCAGCACCUGCCCCACCCACCUUCAAUGUCCUUUGGAGCCCCUGCUCCCCAGCAGGCCAACCAAACCCUCCUAAGUGCUUAAAGGCAGGUUUCCUAACUUAGAAAUGGCUCCGCUGGCUGUUCCAGUGUUUAUCAGACCAAGAGGGCUCCUGGGUGUGCACAGAGCAGAGCGAGCCGCCCAGAUAAGCUCUCACUGCACAGAGCCAGCCGUUGGCCCUGUGCUCUGCCUGAUAGCAGGGCUAUAGGCAGGACAGCCAGCAAGGACCCUGCUCUGGUGACAGGAAGGACAGGCACCUGCGAUGGAAGGGCAGCGUGACUAUGAUCUCCUGGUAAUUGGCGGGGGAUCUGGCGGCCUGGCUUGUGCCAAGGAAGCUGCUCAGCUGGGGAGGAAGGUGGCCGUGGUGGACUAUGUGGAACCGUCUCCCCGAGGCACCAGGUGGGGCCUUGGUGGCACCUGUGUCAACGUGGGCUGCAUCCCCAAGAAGCUGAUGCACCAGGCGGCGCUGCUGGGGGACAUGGUCCGCGACGCCCGGCACUACGGCUGGGAGGUUGCUGAGCCCGUGCCGCACAGCUGGAAGAAGAUGGCAGAAGCUGUCCAGAACCACGUGAAGUCCCUGAACUGGGGGCACCGCAUCCAGCUGCAGGACAGAAAAGUGAAGUACUUUAACGGCAUAGCCAGCUUCGUCGACAAGCACACGGUUCGCAGUGUCACCAAAGAUGGGAAAGAGGCUCUGCUUUCAGCCGACCACAUCGUCAUUGCCACUGGAGGGCGGCCGAGGUACCCCACGCACAUCGAAGGUGCGCUGGAAUAUGGAAUUACAAGUGAUGACAUCUUCUGGCUGAAGGAAUCCCCUGGAAAAACGUUGGUGGUCGGGGCCAGCUACGUGGCCCUGGAGUGCGCCGGCUUCCUCACCGGGAUUGGACUGGACACCACCGUCAUGAUGCGCAGCGUGCCCCUCCGCGGCUUCGACCAGCAAAUGUCCUCCCUGGUCACAGAGCACAUGGCAUCUCAUGGCACCCGGUUCCUGAGGGGCUGCACUGCCUCCCGAGUUAGGAGGCUCCCGGCUGGCCGGCUCCAGGUGACCUGGGAGGACCGCACCUCUGGCAAGGAGGACAUGGACACCUUUGACACCGUCCUGUGGGCCAUAGGCCGAGUUCCGGAAACCAGAAGUCUGAAUUUGGAGAAGUCUGGGGUGGAAACCAGCCCUGACAGCCAGAAGAUCCUGGUGGACUCCCGAGAUGCCACCUCCGUCCCCCACAUCUAUGCCAUAGGGGACGUGGCGGAGGGGCGGCCCGAGCUGACGCCCACGGCCAUCAUGGCCGGGAGGCUCCUGGCCCAGCGACUGUUCGGCCAGUCCAUGGCCCUGAUGGACUACGACAACGUGCCCACGACCGUCUUCACCCCGCUGGAGUACGGCUGCGUGGGGCUGUCGGAGGAGGAGGCCGUGGCUCACCACGGACAGGAGCGUGUGGAGAUUUAUCACGCGCACUACAAACCACUGGAGUUCACGGUGGCUGAACGGGACGCGUCCCAGUGCUACAUAAAGAUGGUGUGCCUCAGGGAGCCGCCGCAGCGGGUGCUGGGCCUGCACUUCCUCGGCCGUGGCGCAGGCGAAGUCACGCAGGGGUUUGCUCUGGCCAUCCGGUGUGGCGCCUCCUACGCACAGGUGACGCGGACGGUGGGCAUCCACCCCACCUGCGCCGAGGAGGUGGUCAGGCUGCGCAUCUCCAAGCGCUCGGGCCUGGACCCCACGGUGACGGGCUGCUGAGGGUAAGCCGCCGUCCCUGCCCAGCUGAGGGCACACGGCGCGCCCCCCACCGCCAGGCUUCUCCAAGGCGUGGAUCCAGGACAGUGGAGGCCAGGCCCGCGAGAUGGCUGGUGUGGAGCGCAAGCGUCUGGACAGACAGCCCAUGUGCCCUGCAGGGAUGGCUCGAGGGGGCUGUGAGUCCCCACACCUGCACUUCCCACCCCUCCCACCUGGGCCAGCACCCCCAGGCUCCCCAACACCAGAUGAUGACGGCCUGGACAGAAACCCGCCCUGUGGGCUGUCCAUGUCCGAGUUCCCCUGGCGUUCCUGCGGUGCAAAUAAAGAGAGUUUUCCCAAAAUAUGUGCUGCCCGUGG